AUGCUUUCAUCACGACUCACGUCCAUUUUAACGAGAAGUUUGGCGAGAAGAACACCUCAGGUAAAGUAAUCAGUUUGUUAAAGCCCUUUUAGGUCCAUGUCCCAGUCGUAUUUGACAAAUUAAAGUCGUGAAGGAAGAGCGCGGCCUGGUUGCACCGUGAAUCGGCUCGUAAUGGUUCAAGGGAUGCAGCGAUCAAAAGUUCGGAAAUUUCCCAGUAAUAGGUGACAAAGUCUAGGGAAAACUUUCUUUGAUAUCUUAUUCGAAGAAGUGGAUUAAAAGAAUAACUCAUUGCUCUCUGAAAUUUCUGUUGUCCAUGGAAUAUAGUGAUGGAACAUUUCCGUAACUCAAUAUCAAAGGUUUUGCAGUCCAGAGGGGUGUACCGGAUAACGCCGUGAGCCGCAUUUACUAUUGGUCAGCCACCCAACUCGUAACCAGAAAUGCAAUUGAGUUUCAUGUCUUUUAUAAACCACAUUUUAUCUACUUUGCAUAAUGUUACGGCACCUUCCGUUAGUAAACGUCAAGACUUAAAUCUCGCAUAUGCUAAGUCUUCCUCAAUUUAUUAAGGGGGCUUUUGAUGUGGCCUUCAUCGUAACCCUGUGUUUAUUGGAAGGUUACGAGAAUGGUAGAAGGAAUUAAAUCCAACUUCUUAAAUUUUUCCAACUACUGUGGAAAAAACAAUUUUUAGUGUACAAAACAUGUUUCAAUAAUUUUAGGUCAUUUUCAGUUACAAAUGUUUGUUGUACAAUUGGAAUUUCAUUGUACAGUUGGUUGAUAUCCUUUCUUUUUUCUCUGUUCACUAAUGUAAGUGUUGGGAGAAUACAACUAGCUCAGUUUGUAAAUUGAGCCAGAGGAGAGAGAUUUACAAAAUUUGCAGUUGCAGCUCUUCACCCAUACACUCUGUCAGAACUGUUGAAAACAGUAUCAGUUAGAAUUAUCUGCAUACUUGUUUCCAAUCAAAAUAUGGCUUUGGGUGUAGUGUAAAAAUGUUGUGGACUGAAUGAAAUAACAUCUGCAAAAGUGUUACAGGCUUUGUUCCAAUUUGAGUUUCUGGUUUUCAGAUUUAUCAUGGAUCCCUUGGUGCAGUAUCAGUUGCUGUACGAAAUAUAGCAUCAUCUAGUCCACACUUUGCAAGUAGUGGUAAGUUAGCUAGUAAUGAUUUGUCAUUGUUGACUAGUGUAUAUGUAAUUUUGGAAAAUGCUUUUUGAGAUUACAGAGAGGUGGGCAAGUCACCACUGAAAUUUACCCCAUGGGGCAGGGAUAUUUUCUCCUUAGAAUCCCACAAAAAGUUACUUGAGCUUACUGCUUAAAGCUGAUAUGUACGAUACAGCAUUAUUUCUGUGUUUCAGGGACUGCAGAGGUGUCUUCAAUCUUGGAACAAAGAAUUUUAGGGUCUGCACAGAAGGCUGAACUGGAAGAAACUGGACGCGUUCUGUCCAUUGGUGAUGGUAUUGCUCGUGUUUAUGGCCUUAAAAAUAUUCAGGCAGAAGAGAUGGUGGAGUUCUCAAGUGGUCUCAAGGUAAAAUGCUGCAGCUGCUUUCAGUGACCAUCACACUGGCAUUUUUUCUUGUGUUUGUGACAAUUUUCAUACCUUUUUACCAUGAGCAUUAACUCUUCCUCAGUUUUGCUGGAGAUGCUUGCUAAUAGUAUUAUGCAGGUGUUUGUUUGUACCACAUAUUACCUAAAAUGUUGGGCACUUUUUUGUUUUUCUCAUUAGCUCUUGUAAUAUGUAUAGAGGAUAUUAUGUGGCAGUGGAUAAAUACAAAUUUUAUCUUUGAGUGGUAAUACUAUCUUUCACAAGCGAGCAAAGUGAGUGAGAGAUCUUAUCAAUGUGAGAAGACUAAUUCUAACCACAAAUGGGCAUAUUAUGUUCUGUUAUUCUCUAGAUAUUGACUGCAUAUUUGAAUCAUAGGUAAUUUUGAAAAUUGCAGAAUGCAGAAUGUAUAUAAACUUUCACAGAAAAUUUACUUUAACAUCUGACAAAAGGAUGUAAUAAGGUCUCACUACAAGUUAGAAGGUUGAAUUCAAUUACAGUGAUGUUUGUUAGUUUAAGAAAUCCUUUUGUAAAAUGUAGAACUGCUAUGUGGUAAACCCUUUGUUCUGACAAAGACAUUGGUAUCUGCACAUGUGAUGACAAAAAUGGUACAUUCACUAUGCCUAGUGGAGAUAUCAUAUCUCUGAAACAGGAGAACCUGUGCUGUUUCAUCCAUUUCUACAUUGUAAUUAGAUUUUAAACUUAAUUGCAGGGUAUGGCUUUGAACUUGGAACCUGACAAUGUUGGUGUGGUGGUAUUUGGAAAUGACAAGCUUAUUAAGGAAGGAGAUGUUGUAAAGAGAACAGGGGCUAUUGUAGACGUACCUGUUGGGGAAGGGAUGUUAGGGAGAGUGGUAGAUGCAUUGGGUAACCCAAUUGAUGGCAAGGGAACACUGGCUGACACCACACGAGCUCGUGUAGGAAUCAAGGCUCCUGGUAUCAUUCCUCGCACAUCUGUGAAUGAACCUAUGUUGACUGGUAUCAAGGCUGUGGACAGCUUAGUUCCUAUUGGACGAGGACAGCGAGAACUUAUUAUUGGAGACAGACAGACUGGGUCAGUUGCUUUUACUAUUUUAUGGUGGAAAUCACUUUCAACUAGUUCAUGUAACUAUAUCCAGUGCUACUUUAGUGUGUCUGCAUUGGAAGCAUGUUUGUGUUGAUUUAAAGAGAAAUUGGUAAUAAUGAUGGACUCGGUUAAAUUUCUGUUUUUGGAGAAAAAUAGGUUAUGUGGCAUUAGUACAUGGAGUACAAUUUUUAGCUGAACUGAAAGAGAUAUGAUAAGUUACUUGAUAUUUGCUCAUUGAUAAAAGAGAAUUUAGUUGAAGGGAUAUUUGUACAUAUGAAUUGUGGCUUUGUUGAACAAGGUAGAUGUGAUUGGUUUUGCUUGAUUUUUUAGCAAAACUGCCAUUGCUAUUGAUACCAUCAUCAACCAGAAGAAAUUUAAUGAAGGAACAGAUGAAAGUAAGUGUUAAAAUAACUAUUCCCAGAAAGUGUAUUAGUCUGAAACAAAGUAUUGUAGUGUUAUGGUAUAGUUUUAGUUACAGUUUCAUUUACUACCAUUUUUUCAUUGGUAAUGUUUAUGAAUGACAAUUGCAUCAAUUGUUUUUCCAGCUUCAAAAAUUAAAUAAUUGUGCUUAGAACAUUUGGAUCUCAAAUAGCAGAUUUUCUUUAGCUUUUGUCCCAAAUUUGCUUACCAUAGCAUAAUUAAUAUGAUAUUGGGUUUCAAGGGCAUUUCUCAAGGUUAUCAGGGAACUCAUCCCAAUUAGUUAAGAGCUGUUCAACAGUAUUUAAACCAAGUUUGUUUUAAAAUAUUAUUGUUAAUGAAAAUUGUUGGCACAUUCUCCAGAAAAGAAACUCUAUUGCAUAUAUGUGGCUAUUGGACAGAAGAGAAGUACUGUUGCUCAGCUGGUGAAGAGAUUGACAGAUGCUGGUAAGUUCUGUAGUUUCUCUUGGCCUUGCUCCAGAUUCUGUUGUAACAUUUGUAGGACUCUUUAGGUGAAAAAGUAGAACAAGAUUGGUUGCUUCUUUUGUAGAAACAUGUCUUUUCAGUGUGUUUUUAUAGAGAGGUGGUAGUCAUAGAACUUUACAGCCUAUAUAGCAGUUGAUGAUACCUUUUUGGAAUAAUUUACUGACAAAACUUUCAACAAACUUUGUUGAAUGGUAAAAGUUGACGAGUUUGGGACCAUUUUUUAUGCAAUGAACUUUUAACUCUGUACAGAUGCUAUGAAGUACACCAUUGUGGUAAGUGCUACUGCCUCAGAUGCUGCCCCUCUACAGUAUUUGGCUCCUUACUCUGGUUGUGCUAUGGGAGAAUACUUCAGAGACAAUGGAAAACAUGCUUUGAUCAUCUAUGAUGACUUGUCAAAACAGGUAUGAAUGAUGUGACUUGGAGAUUAUUUUUAACUUUAUUUAUUUGACCUUUUCAUACAAUGAUAUAACAAUCUCUGUGGCUCUUCACUGGCUGAAAUGGAGGGCUUCUUGACAGGGUAUAAAGAUCAAAGGUAUAAACAUCAGUUAUCAUCAAUUUGAGAGGGGAGCUGAUUGUGUAGAGUAUUUUCUUUAAAAUUGCUCUUGUUAGGAAAAGGAAUGGGUAAGGGAAACAGUUUUUCUAUUUUUUCCUUUUCAAUUAAGUGGCUAUAAGUUUUUGGGAGAGUAAUUAUCCUAUUUAAUUUUGUUUAAAUUAAAUAACUUGUCAUGUGGUCAUGAGAGCCCUGAGCAUUUGCAAAUAUAGGGGUUUUUUUAGCUGAAAUAGGAAAACAUUAUUUGAUUGUCUUUUACAGGCUGUGGCGUAUCGUCAGAUGUCACUUCUAUUGCGUAGACCCCCUGGUCGUGAAGCCUACCCAGGUGAUGUGUUCUACCUUCACUCGCGUCUCUUGGAGAGAGCAGCAAAAAUGAAUGAUGACAACAAGGGAGGUUCCCUGACUGCACUUCCAGUUAUUGAAACUCAGGUCAUAGAAUUACAUUUUUUUCCCUCCUUUUUCAAUAUGUUUUAAAUCAAUAUGUUGUGAGUCCUUUUGGGGAAAGAAGAAAGAAAAACUAAAAGGAAAAAAAACAGCACAACCUUUAUGGCAGCGAGGGCUUCUGUUAUUAAAAAGCAAUGUCCAAGCUGUCAACUUUUUUAACCUUGGGUAUGUAGUGUUUGUUUCAUCUAUUGGCUCUUGCCUUCCAUAAUAAUACUUGAAGACAAUCCUUUGUAAUCUCUAUGAAAUUGAACAGUCUUUCAUCUAAACUGUUUUGUUGCCUAAGUAUAGGUAAUCAGGUGAUUUUGAGGGAAAUUUUGUUCAAAGAGACUGAAAAAAAUUUGCAAUUGCUUACAUAGAUACAAAAUUACACAAGAAAUCAUGUCAUUUCUUAUUUAUGAUAUACUUGAGAGAAGGAAAAAAGAAAGACAGAAAUUAAAACCAAGUGAAACUUGACAGCAUUAAAUAAUAGUUCAUUCAUAAUUUGCACUUGUGUUGUAAAUUUGCCCCAUGUUACACUAGAAAUGCACAAUUCUCUAAAAAAUUAGAACAAGACAAAUUUUUCAUGUACGCAUUUAUUAUUUGAUAAACAAGGCCUUGCACUUAUACCAAAAGUUGUUUAUUUGUUUACUUCUGUUUGUGUUGUACCAACAGGCAGGUGAUGUGUCAGCAUAUAUUCCAACCAAUGUGAUUUCCAUCACUGAUGGUCAGAUCUUCUUGGAGACAGAGCUGUUUUACAAAGGUAUCCGUCCUGCUAUCAAUGUGGGUUUGUCUGUGAGCAGAGUGGGGUCUGCUGCCCAAACCAAGGCCAUGAAACAGGUAUACUGACUCAUCCCACUCUUCUCUUUUCUUUUUUGUAAUAAUUGUUUUUGUUAUUAUUAUUAUUAUUAUUAUUAUUGUUUAUAUUAUCAUCAUCAUCAUCAUCAUCACUAUUAUUAUAAUUUUUGUUUAUUAUUAUAUGUAUCACUGUUAUUAUGUUUAUUUUAAUUUCAAUCAUCAAGGAUUUUUUAGAGGACAUGAGUUUACUAAGGAUCUUUGGUAUUUUACUAAAAGGCUACAAGUGGGUAAUAACCUAUACUGGAUGGCUCGGCCUUUUAUCAGUUGGCUUGGUUCACAAAGUGCAGACUAUUUACUCUGUUGAAAAACUGAGCAAACCAAAGGAAUUGUGUCAGCCAACCCCAUCAUCAUCACCACCAAGCUGAAUAUAAAGAAACACCGAUUUUAUUUCAAUCUUAAAACCUUUGACCUUUGUUAGAGUUGUCCACAACAAUUUAAGGUUAUUUUUCUGUCCAUCAGGUUGCUGGAUCCAUGAAACUUGAGCUUGCACAGUAUCGUGAAGUGGCAGCUUUUGCUCAGUUUGGUUCUGAUCUGGAUGCUGCUACUCAGUCCCUCCUCAACCGAGGUGUCCGUCUCACUGAACUUCUUAAGCAAGGACAGUACGGUAAGUGACUGAAAGGUCUAGCUGAUGUAUGCACCCUUUUAUAGUAUUUUGUUUUCUACAUUCAGUGUGUAAGACAUUAGUGCCCUUGCCGUGGGGGUCUUUGUAAAUUCAUUUUCCUGUUACUUAUUAGCCGUUUUCUUUCUGGCAGUGCCAAUGGAAAUCGCAGAGCAAGUGGCCGUGAUCUAUGCUGGCGUUAGGGGUCAUCUUGAUAAGGUGGACCCUUCCCGCAUCACAGCGUUUGAAGAAGCUUUCCUGAAACACAUCCGCACAUCACAGAAGGAUCUUAUCGAGACCAUCAGGAAGGAGGGUGUCAUCUCAGAAGACACAGAUGCUAAGCUCAAGAAGGUCGUCACAGAGUUCAUCGCAUCUUUUGAAUAAUUUU